GUCAGAACGGAAGAUUCUGAUAGUAAGGGGGAGGAGGAGGAAUGCAAAGGAGGUAAGAGUCUAUCACAACAAUAAUAUUUUGUGUAGAUCUAUGUUAAAUUGGAUUAGGAUAUUGUUGAACACGUAGACUAGCUCAGUAAGCUAACAGAAGGAGAAUGAUUGGAUGUCUGGUUAGUUUUUUCAUGUUCUAUAGUAUAUUAGAAAUAACGGACUUUAUGGUGACGGACUUUAUGGUGACGUCUUAUUUUACUUAUUGUAUUUGGAUUUCAUUGAGCCCACCAUAGAAUGAUCAACAACAGGGCCAGACAUCUGCUGGCCUAGAUUGGAAAGAGUUGGCUUCUUGUGGUUGCUUUAAACGUCUCCUGUAAUUAUGAGUUCUUGCCAUAGGUCUUGAUAGUGUUCACUGUGUCUUUACAGAGAGCAAAUUAGCUGAGUCCAAUGUAAACUUGACGUCAGAUGAACUCAAGAGAAACACCACCAAGAACUUUGAAACAACAGCCAAUGUAAACUUGACGUCAGAUGAACUCAAGAGAACCACCAAAAAGAACUUUGAAACAACAUCCAAUGAAUUACCAAAGGAAGGAAAAACAGUAUUUCACAGUGAGGCAAGGGAGAUAAACUCUGAUAUUAUAAGACAAAGCCAGGUUACAAUUGUCCCCUACCCUGAGUCUUCCUUUGACCAUGAUGAAGAGAAUCAGCUGCAAAAUGAAGGUACGGCCAUGUUGAUUAUGAUACUCAAGCUAGAAAUAAAACAUAUUUUUAUUGGAGUUUUUAUGUUAAAAAUGAAAGAUAUAAAAAUUUCAUCCUUUUUAUUAUUAUUUUUUUUAUACCUACACUGAGCCUACACAUAACACCCAAACAGAAAAUAAUAAUUUUUAACAAAGAUACUUUGACAUUUAUUUUGUGCUAAUGAUUGCCAAUGUUAAAAGUUUUUGUGUCUGUGGCACAGAGCACAUACUGGAGGAGGAGUACGUGCUUAAGUGUAUCUACUGUGAAUCAACCAGCACCAAGUCAAGCCUGUUACGUGACCACAUGCGUAAUCAGCACCCGGACAAACCUGUUCGUUACCAGUGUCCCAAGUGUGAGCAGACGUUUCUACUCAAGUCUCACCUGGACAAGCAUCUGGCCAUGCACUCUCCCACAUCUCAGUCCUGCAAGGUCAGAGCAACAUUUUACUCUCUACUUGAUGACCCCAAGGAUUGUUUGCCUGGUGGUCCAAGCAUUGUUUGCCUGGUGGUCCAUGCAUUGUUUGCCUGGUGGUCCAGGCAUUGUUGGCCCGGUGGUCCAAGCAGGCAUUGUUGGCGUGGUGGUCCAAGCAGGCAUUGUUGGCCCGGUGGUCCAAGCAGGCAUUGUUUGCCUGGUGGUCCAAGCAAACAUUGUUUGCCUGGUGGUCCAAGCAGGCCUGUUGGUCUAUACUAUUGUUAUCUCAUUAUUUUCAUCUGAAAUUUGUAGUUUACUGAAAUACCCUUUAAUCUACGACCUCCCAUGAUUUAUUGGUAAAUUUUGUCGUCAGUUUUUAUUUUAUAGUUAUUAAUUUGAUGCUUUAAAGAAAUUGACCUGCUGGUGUUGGACAAAAUGGGUCAUCCUUGGUCACAACAUUUCCAAAAUGCCUGUUUUCUUUGCAGAUAAGUUAGAGCAGGGAGAAUAUAUAUGGAAUGAUGUGGGGGUGGGGGGGGGGUACAAAAUUUAUUUGGUUGACACAAUUUUUAUAACAAUGUGUUAAAAUGUUUCAAGUUCAUCUUUAACCAUUUGUCUCCUCUCUAGAAUUAUAUUGUGUGCAUUCUUAGGUGUGUCAGAAAACAUUUGCCAAUGUGUACCGCCUGCAGCGCCAUAUGAUCAGCCAUUCAGAGUCUACAGAUCUUCGGAAGUUCAAAUGUCCAGAAUGUGGCAAGGCCUUCAAGUUCAAACAUCACCUCAAAGGUAGCUCUAUAGCUCUCUUGUUAGAUUUAUCAGCUGAGUGUUUCAUUACAAGGUUUAAGAGAUUUUCAAAUAUGUCUUCUUCUGCCUCUAGUUUUCUUACAAACCAAAGAUUUAUCAACUGAAAUGUUAUUAAAAAUAUAUAUAGCUCACCUCAGUUUUAGUUGAGCACCAUUUAAAACUAUCUGGUUCUGAAUAUAAUUUCCAUUUUAUAUUCUACUGUUCCCCCUGUAGAACACAUCAGAAUUCAUUCAGGGGAGAAACCAUUCCAGUGUCCUACCUGCUCCAAGAGGUUCUCACACUCUGGUUCCUACAGCAGUCACAUGACCUCCAAAAAAUGCUGGGUGAUUGGCCAGAGCAAAAGUCAAGCUAGACGUCAGGAGAGACAGAUGGAACAAGGCAGAGGAAGGGAAAGUGGGCAAUCAUCUAGUAACUACCAGGGACCUCCAGAGGGUGGUCAGUUUAUGUUUGCAGGUGUGGGUCAAGUCUACACUCAGCCAAUGACAUCUCCACCUCCAGGUCAGUGUCACUGUUGUCUCUAGGACAUCUGUUUGUUGACAUUCCUAGUAGAUCUAUGUUUGUAACAAGAAUUAGCCAUUGUAAUCCAUGAGUGGCUAUUUCUAAGUCAACCUUUCCUCAAAGUUUCUGCUCUGGUUAAUUUUGUCUGGAUAUAUUGUAUUUGAUGACUAAGCAAUGUGUAAGAGGACUGGUUCUGGUGUCUUGCUUUUAUAGUGACAGACACAAGAAAAUAAUCUGAUUUGUUCAGUGUUUGGUUUGGUUUGAUCUUUGUUGUAAAAGAUGACCUUGUAUUUAUUUCAGGUGCUUACCCACAGCAGUUCAUGAAGUUUGACCAACACCCAACAGUCCCCUCUCUCAGGCACCAGUUCUAUGCUGCCCCUCCUCCCCCGAUCACCUCAGCAAUGAUGACCUCAGCCCAGAAUGCCUUCGCGUUUAGCCUAUACCAGCAAAAGUUGGCCUCUUCCGCUCCACAAACCACGUCGGGCAUGGCUGUUCCUCAGCCUGUGGCAUCCACCAUGUCACCGGUGCCAGCACAUCAGCACCCCAACAUUCCAUUUCAUCUGUUAUCCCCAGCCCAUGCCAUAUCUAAUGCCCACACCCCUUCACAGACGGUGUCCUCGCAUGUCAGCCACACCCCUUCACAGACGGUGUCCUCACAUGUCAGCGAGGGACACCUCAAGAAAACUCCAGUUCUGGUGGACACGCUGUUGAGUGCACAAUUGAGAAAGGAUAUCAGACCUCUUACAAGCAGUCAUAUCAGUGACAGUUGUCUUAAAAAUCCUAUUGCUAUACCAUCACCGUCCUCUCCUAAGCUCAGCUCAAGUGUCAGGAAGAGGGAGUGUGAAAGAGAUGAAGUGUGUGACAAAUCUGGUCUCAGUAUGGAACAUGACAGAAAUUUUACCAAUGAACUUAUCAAGAGAAUGAAGUCACAGAAUGGAAGCAAGGUGGAGGGUGACUGUGCUGGUCAUGACAGAGCGGACCAGAACAUUGUCACACCUGAAGUGAAGGAGGAGAUUCUGUCAGAUGAAGAUGGUGAGAAGGUUGAAAAGAGGAACUUGGGGAGUGCCAAAGAAUUGGACUGUGAAGACAUGAAGGAAGAGAGCUCAUCCAGUGAGGACAUUUCAGAUCUGAUUGUGGGCGAGGUCAAGCUCGAGAUGAAUGACGCCUCAGAUGGAGAGGUACAGACUUGUAGGUACUGCAAGAAACAGUUUCACAGCCCCAUUGACCUGCACCAACACGAGCGCUAUCUCUGCGAGGACAACCAUGACAUCAAGAAGGUCAUGAGUGGCUGUAAGGGCAAGGCCGUGUCCAAGCUUGAAACGGCAGAUGAGCAGAAAGUCAAGGAUGAAGUCAACCGAUGCUCACCCCUCAGCAGUAAAGUUUCUGAUGAUGAGACAGAGGACAUGGAGGAUGAGGAUGAUGACGAAGAGGAUGAUGAUGAGGAAGAUGAUGAUGAUGCACGGUCUGUCAUCAGAAGCUCAAAGCUCACAGAGAACCAAGCUCAGCAUCUUCGGGGAUGUUACCGUGACAACAAGAAGCCCGACGACCAUGCCAUGGAAGAGAUUGCCAAAAUCAUCGGUGCCACAAAGAAAAUGGUGCAGGUAGAUUGUGACCCAUUAUGUUGAAGGACCUCGUUUAAUGUUAGAUCAAAUACUUUAAUGGCUUUAAAUCUUUUCAAGUGGGUAAAUUACUUGCUUGAGUAGAAUUUGCACUGUUUUGAAAAUUUUAAUUUUUUAUUUCUGUUUUUUUUUUUUUUUAAUAUCAUUUUAAACAUCUACUGUCCUUUGCCAGGUUUGGUUCCAAAGUGCUAGGGCCCGUGAGAAGAGAAAAGUGAUGAGAAGCAAACCAACUUUCAAGUCCAGCUGCAGAAGAAAUUCCAGUGGCACCACUACUUCAACCUCCCCGUCCACUUACAUCCCCAUUGUCCCCAACCCUUAUGCUGUCUUCGGCCACCACAAGCGUUACGGCAAGUUCAACAGCACCUCUGCUCUGUCACCCGUUGGAAUGAAUUUUUCCAGCAUUGGACCUUUAACUCCUCUGUCCGACGAGCAGCCGUUGGAUCUGAGUGUCAGGAAGCAGCAGCCUCCCAAGGCUCAUCAACAGAAGAACUCAUCUCUCCUGCCACUUGAAAAUCUGGAAGGUCAUGUCCUAAACUUAAGCAAUAAGGUUCCCAAUUUGGAGCCCGUCUCCCCGUCCCCAACUGUGAAACUGGAAUCCCCAGUCACAGCAACCACCCCACGGUGCUCAUCUAGAGACUCCACACCCAAGUCAUCCUCAUCCCUUCCAAAUGCUCCAUUCUCUCCCCUGUCCAUCCCAAACCAACAUUUCCUCCACAUCCCAGAUCCACAUGCCAAACAGUACCCUCAUCCCAUGAUCAUGAUGACAGACCUCAACUGUAUUGAUGCUACUGCCAGAAAGAUGGACGCCGCCGGACUGGGGUUCCAACACUCAGAAAUCUUCAAGUACAUGUCCCAAAAAGGACUUUUCAAGGGCGGCUUUUCCCCUCUCAUGGAUCCAUCGGCACGCAAGUUUCCACCAUCUAUGCUCAACUCUUCCGUCUUGGCUCAGCUGACCGGAGUCAUCCCCCCUAACAAUCAUCACCCCCAGCGAGACUCCCCCGUCAAAACAAGCUCUGCCGAUGAUGCACCAAAUUGUUCACCACUUAAAAUCGGUGAGUCAAAAACUUCAUUUUUUUUUAGUUUGCAAACAUUUCUAUAUAGCUUUGAAUAUAAGUAUAUUUCACCUAUUGGGUAUUAUUACCCUAUUUACCAUACCACUGACCAUCCUUGCCCGCCCGUCUCUUACCCACUUCAAGACCAAUAGGCUUCUAAAGAGAAUCGAGAGUUGUUGCAUUAUUUGUAAAUUAUUAAACAAUACAUUACAGAAUGAGCGAAGUACCUGAAUUGAAAAUUAAAAUUGUUGAUUUCCUCCUUAGAUGUGAAGCCCUUGUCUCCAAUAAGCAAGAAGUUGGUCAUAGAUGAGUCUGAUGACAAUGGUCAGAGCAAAGAGGGCAAAACUGCUGAGAAAGUGACCACCUUUGAGGGGGAGCUCAAACGAUUCAUGGAAACUCAGGGAAAUCUACAGACCUUGGCCAAUGUUGCUUCACUUGAAGAGUUCCGGGCUCUGUCAGCUGCUGAGGGGAAGAGGAGGAGGAAGAAAAGCUCAAAACAGGUCAGGACUUGGUUUUCUCAGACUUUGUUUUAAGUCAUAUGUCAUUCAGGGGGCAUGUCAUACAUGGGGCAUACCAUUCAGGGGGCAUAUUAUACAGGGGCGCAUAUCAUUCAGGGGGCAUGUCAUACAAGGGGCAUGUCAUACAAGGGGCAUGUCAUACAGGGGAUCUGUCUAAGUAAACAUGCUUAUUAUUCUCUGUAAGACACUAUCAAAGUAGCUAGUUGGUUUAAUGGAAAUGUUUGACUUGUCCCCAGGUUGAGUCAGAGGAGAUCAAAAUGGAAUAUUUGGAGGAUUCUGUCAGCAACACAGAUGAUGAUUCCUCCUCUCCACGCAAGCGACGAAGGUCGUGGAAAGGACACCGCAUCAGUGAAGAAUUGGGCAUGUACGCCUGCGACCAGUGUGACAAACAGUUCAGCAAACAGAGUUCUCUGGCUCGGCACAAGUACGAACACUCAGGUUGGUCAGUCUUACAUUAAUGGGGUGAGGGCGGCAGGGGUGAGUGCGGCAUGGGUGAUGGCGUGAGCCGAGGAAUGAAACCAUGUACGGAAGGAAUUUGAUUCAACAUACAAGGAACACUAUAACAAAUGUGUGCCUCUUGACUAAUAGAGAUUUGUAUGUUUCCAAUUGCAGGAGCCAGGCCAUUCAACUGUGAGGUUUGUUCCAAAGCAUUCAAGCACAAACAUCACCUGACAGAACACAGAAGGCUUCACAGUGGAGAGAAGCCCUUCAAGUGCAGGAAGUGUGGCAAACGUUUCUCUCACUCUGGAUCUUACAGUCAGCACAUGAAUCACAGGUAAGGACAUUCUCAAACAUAUCAAACUCAUGGAACACACACACACACACCCUUGUCAGUGCAGACAGCUUAGGUAGGAAGAGGAAAGGGGGAGGGUGGGGCACAGAGAAACAUGAAUCAUAGAGACGGGUAUUUAAGUCUGUGAUUAUAACUUGACCAUUUGUAUCAGGAAGCUGACCUAUUCUGUCAUCAUUUCUACUGGGCACAUUGAUAUAAUCCAAUCAAUUUAACGGCUUUGUCCCCAGAUAUAAAUUCUGUAAGCCAUCUGAUGGUGAAGAUGAAGACAUGGCUGCUGGCUCUAGCAAAGAAGAUUAAACUGCCGUGGACACACCCACACCGAGCCACAUGAUCUGAUUUGGGUUUGUUGACCUCAUCGCCAG